AUGACUAUCGAAGCCGAUUUUAAUCCAGGGCUAUUUGCGGAGGAGUUUGCUCACGAGCUCGACAAUGAAGAUAUGUUUUUGUUACCUCCCAGGCGCCCAACAUCCCGCCAAGCUAUAAAAAAAUCUUGGAUCGAACAGUUGGCAGUUCAGUAUCGGGGCCCAUCGCUGCGUGCAUACUACCCACAAUCCACGUUCUUUCAGUAUGCUUGGGUGCCUUCUCAUCUUUCAUCUGUGGUGUUUACAUUACUCGUUCUUUUAAUAGUCGUACUCUCUUUUGUCUCAGUCAUUCGGUGGAUUACAAGGGAAGACAAGUAUCAAUUGCCCUGGAGAUCCUACUGUACGCUCCAGCCUGAAUUCCCUCCCACCAAUCUAUCACUCGAAUCCAUCCCACCAGUAGGACUCUUUAUCGGUGUGAUGAGCACCGCCAUGAGUACCCAAAGGCGACAACUCAUUCGCUCCACUUGGGCCUCCCAUCCUAGAAGCCGCGGGGGUGUUGAUGGCCACUCCGACCUCGAGGGUACAUCACGCACAGUUGUCAAGUUCAUCAUUGGCGCGCCAAGCCCAAGCGCCGAACGAAGGCUUAGGCUAGAGAACGAACUGUAUGGUGAUAUUGUUGUCCUUCCUAUUCGGGAAAAUAUGAAUGAGGGGAAGACUCAUGCGUAUUUCACAUGGGCGUACGAGCACGCGCUUGUCCCUCCGAAUUCGAAGAUUAACGGGACAGAUCAACAAACGAUAGUUUUCCCUCAUGGCUGGGUCAAGCCGGACUAUGUAGUUAAAACGGAUGAAGAUUCGUUUGUCAUGCUUGCUGAAUUGGAAGCGAGGUUGCGAAUCGAGCUUUUGAAGGCCCGGGAAGAGGCUCCCGAGUGGGAUCCACUUGUGUAUUGGGGGUAUAUGAUUAAAGACUACUUCAUGGGUGUGGUCAAAACCAUGACCAUCGGGUACGAGGAUCAACAGGUCGCCAAGUGGGUCAGCACCCAUCCCCACCCUUUGAGGGUCCGGUGGGCGAGCGAACGUUGUUGGAUUUAUAAUCACCCCAAGUCGGCAAACGUGUACGCUCAUGGGUUUUUGUUUCCAUCGGAAGUACGGCGUGUCAGGGAGUCCAUUGCUGGCGAAAGGACUCCCGAAGAAAUUCGGCGGAUGAAUCUUCCAACUUCGUGGCAGGUUGAUAAUCCGGAAUAUUCAUGGUCAAGUGUGACAGGAUACAUACCGCCUUGCUCACAAAACCUUACCCUGGCUAUGGAAGUUGAAGCAAUGGUUGAAGGCAGUACUUUAAGCAACGAACUUUCUCUUCGACACCCCGGGGAAUACGAGCGCUCAAGCAGAGAUACCCUUAACAUCACCGAGAGGGGACCAGGUCAAACAUUACAAUGGGCGCACAUACAGAUGGCUUAUGAUAUCAGAGAAGAUUCGCAUGUACGCUAUCUAGGUAAGAAUCUCGGAGGAACUGUGGUGGUUCACUACGUGAAAAAAGACGAGUGGUUCUUAGAAACCAGCUCAGCGUUACUUGGUGGGACGAUUGCGAGGACCAGUUAUGGGUGUCUGAUCCACGCGUUACAAGAGAUUGCCGUAAAGGAAAACAACAGUUUUCUUAUUUCCAAGGAAUUCGCCGCUUUCACAGAGACAACCUUUGGAAGUACUAUGCUUACCGUGCAUGGCGAGAGGCACAGGCUACAGAAAAAGCUUUUGAGUCCGGCCUUUACCCCAAAACACUUACGUGGGCUGGUUUCCACUUUCACUACACUCACACAAAUGGAGAGCGCCAUUUUGUCUGAUAUGAGGGGAGAGGAAACGGCUACUGUUGAUGUAUUCAAGUGGUCCCGUGAUGACCGAGCUGUGGUGGAUUGUCCGUUUCUUCCAUGGCUCAAAAAUAUUGGCCCAGGCUUCUUCCGCCGAUUCAUUGUUGAAUGGACACCCUCUAGUUCCGUAAAGGAACUUGUAAAGAUAACUGAUAUCUUAAACAAUAUGGCCGUUGAUAUACACCGGCAAAAGAAGAAUGCCAUUGCCAAUCUCCCCUACAGUAGCGCAAUUACAACUGUUAUAUACCUUCUUGCCCAACACACCAAAGUUCAGGAGAAGCUACACACCGAGAUUCAAGAAGCUUAUCAGCAAUAUGGUCAAGACCUUAACUACGAACAGCUCCAUUCCCUCACGCUCUUGGAUGCCGUCUGCCGGGAGUCUCUUUGGCUCUUUCCGUCUCAGCCAAUCCUUGAGCGCACCGCAAUGAAGGACUGGACACUACCACUGCAACAACAAGUUAUUUUGGAUGCAGCCAACCGAGAUAAACAGAUUUGGGGAGAUGAUGCAAAUGAGUUCAGGCCAUCACGGUGGCUAGAGGAGCUCCCAUUGUCCGUCAAGGAUUCCAACCUCCCCUGGCUUACUCAUCAAUGUAAGUGUCACCUUGUGGGCCUAUUCGGAUUGGUAACUCAGGUAUUUAGGAUGUCAUUUUGGGGAGGACCCAGGGCUUGCAUAGGAAUCAAGUUCUCACAGCUCGAGAUGAAGGUGGUGCUUUCCAGGUUGAUUCAUAAAUUCAAGUUCGCGUUUGGAGAGGAGAUUAUUAGGUUUAAUAUAAAUGGUGUUUACCAACCAUACGUAGUCCAGGGAGACGGAACCCAAGGCACGAACCCAUCGAUGCCUUUGAAAGUCACAUUGGUUGGAGGCUCUGAGUAA